CUUGUUCUUGUUCUUGUUCUUGUUCUUCUUGAUAAUCGUCGUCUUAUCCUUCUUCGAAAUUGAAAUUUUUAGUCAUGAGUUAUGAACCAAACACGGCCUUAAACCUAAGUCUAUCAAGAAAUGAUCUUUUAUUUGACCAAUCAUCAUCAUCAUCAUCAUCAACCCCUUUAAGCCCGGUUGAGCCACGUGUUUUUUCUUGCAAUUAUUGUAGAAGAAAGUUUUAUAGUUCACAAGCUCUAGGAGGACACCAGAAUGCUCAUAAACUCGAAAGAACCCUAGCCAAGAAGAGUAGGGAGUUGAGUUCAACCCUACGCGGGCCUCAUUCUAGUUGGUCAAAUCAUAGUAAUAGUAAUAAUAAUAGUAAUAGUAAUAAUCAUUGCUCGUUGAGCCCUAGUGGUCCGAGCCAUACUAGUCAUGGUCAUGGUCAUGGUGCUAGGUUUGUUACAAAUAAUGAUUUAAUAAGCUAUGGAAGAAGAGAGAUGAUGAUGAGUUAUGAAUCAAUGAAAAAUGGUCAUGAGAGUGUUCAAGAGGAUUUUGGACAUCUUGAUUUGUCAUUAAGGCUUUAAUCAUCAUCACUUUUUUUUUUAAAAAAAAAAUAAUUUUGGUUAUUUGUUUUUUACUUCAAGAUA